GAUCCAAUAAUAUUACUGCCGCUUCUGCUAGAUGACAUCUUCCGGGUCGACAGAGAGUUCGCCUGCACACAAAAAGAAGACACCGGAGCGCCUGCAAAGGAGGAGUGCCGUCUGUCCUGCUGAGCUCCUGCUGCGUGUGUGGGUGCACCAUGGCCAACCUCCUACGCGUCCUCGCGGCCAGCUGCUCUGCCCCCGUCUUCGGCGGGGUGUCCUGUUUGAAACUGCAGAGUAGACCCGCUAUCAAAACAACAUGCGUGCGCUUUUUUAGGACCCAUCAAGCCCUCGGAAGAUGCGCCAGUCCAGGGGUUCCCUACAAGCACAUCACAGUCGGCGUCCCCAAAGAGAUCUUCCAGAACGAGCGACGUGUGGCGCUGUCUCCUGCUGGCGUCCAGGCGCUCAUCAAGCAGGGCUUCAAUGUAGUGGUGGAGUCCGGCGCCGGGGAGUUUUCCAAGUUUCCGGAUGAGCAGUACGCUCAGGCGGGAGCUGCCAUUAAAGACAUCAAAGACGUCCUGGCGUCCGAUGUGGUGGUCAAGGUCCGUGCGCCCAUUUUCAACCCGGAGCUGGGCGUCCACGAGGUGGAGCUGAUGAAGGACGCCGCCACCUUGAUCAGCUUCAUCUACCCGGCCCAGAACCCUGAGCUAAUGGACAUGCUGUCCCAGAAGAAAGCCACCGUACUGGCCAUGGACCAGGUGCCUCGAGUCACCAUCGCCCAGGGCUACGACGCCCUGAGCUCCAUGGCCAACAUCGCCGGGUACAAGGCCGUCGUGCUGGCAGCCAACAGCUUCGGACGCUUUUUCACGGGCCAGAUCACUGCGGCCGGGAAGGUGCCACCCGCCAAGGUGCUCAUCAUCGGAGGUGGAGUGGCAGGGUUAGCAGCGGCCGGCACCGCCCGCGCCAUGGGCGCCAUCGUCCGAGGCUUUGACACCCGGGCUGCAGCGUUGGAGCAGUUCAAGUCUUUGGGGGCGGAGCCGCUGGAGGUGGACAUCAAGGAGUCAGGAGAGGGCCAAGGAGGCUACGCCAAAGUCAUGUCCAAGGAGUUCAUCGAGGCCGAGAUGAAGCUGUUUGCCAAGCAGUGUCAGGACGUGGACAUUGUCAUCAGCACUGCGCUCAUUCCCGGUAAGAAGGCUCCCAUCCUCAUCACCACGCCCAUGGUGGAGAGCAUGAAGGACGGCUCAGUGGUGGUGGACCUGGCUGCCGAGGCGGGAGGAAACAUCGAGACCACGGUACCCGGGGAGCUCUCUGUGCACAAGGGUGUGACCCACAUCGGCUACACGGACCUGCCCAGCCGUCUGCCCACCCAGUCCAGCACGCUGUACUCCAACAACAUCACCAAGCUGGUACGGGCCAUCAGUCCCGACAAGGAGAACUUCUACUUGGACGUGAAGGAGGUGUUCGACUACGGGACCAUGGAUCACGUCGUCAGGGGCUCAGUUGUCAUGCAGGAUGGAAAGAACCUCUUCCCGGCUCCUCAGCCCAACAACCUGCCCGUCGCCGCCCCCCCCAAGCCCAAGUCUGUGAAGGAGCUGGAAGCAGAGAAGACUUCCCAAGUCUCUCCCUUCAGGGCCACGCUAACCUCCGCUGGCGCAUACACCGGAGGCAUGGGCACGCUGUUGGCUUUGGGCCUGUCGGCCCCCAACGCCGCCUUCACGCAGAUGGUCACCACCUUCGGGCUGGCGGGCAUCGUGGGCUACCACACCGUGUGGGGCGUCACCCCCGCGCUGCACUCGCCGCUCAUGUCGGUGACCAACGCCAUCUCAGGUCUGACGGCCGUGGGUGGUCUGUCUCUAAUGGGCGGUGGCUACGCCCCAACCAGCACUGCAGAGACGCUGGCCGUGCUCGCAGCCUUCAUCUCCUCGGUCAACAUUGCUGGCGGCUUCCUGGUGACUCAGAAGAUGCUGGACAUGUUCAAGCGUCCCACCGAUCCCCCCGAGUAUAACUACCUUUAUCUGCUCCCGGGAGGAGUCUUUGUGGGGGGAUACGCGGCAGCGUUGCAUUCAGGGUACAACAUCGAACAGAUGAUGUACUUGGGCUCUGGAAUGUGCUGCGUGGGCGCCCUGGCUGGCCUCUCCAACCAGAAAACAGCCCGCCUGGGCAACGCCUUGGGCAUCAUGGGUGUCGCAGGGGGCAUCGCCGCCACUCUUGGCGCUCUCAAACCCAGCCCCGAGCUCCUGGCGCAGAUGAGCGCCGCCAUGGCCGUGGGCGGCACCGCUGGUCUGACCAUCGCUAAGAGGAUCCAGAUCACCGACUUGCCCCAGCUGGUGGCCGCCUUCCACAGCCUUGUGGGGCUGGCGGCGGUGCUGACCUGCGUGGCGGAAUACAUGGUGGAGUACCCUCACUUCGCCACCGACCCCGCCGCCAACCUCACCAAGAUAGUGGCCUACCUGGGCACCUACAUCGGCGGGAUCACCUUCAGCGGCUCUCUGGUGGCGUACGGCAAGCUGCAAGGAAUGCUGAACAGCGCCCCCCUGAUGCUCCCCGGCCGCCACGCCCUGAACGCCUCGCUGAUGGCGGGCUGCGUCGGCGGGAUGAUCCCGUACAUGCUGGACCCGAGCUAUGCCACUGGCAUCACCUGCCUGGGCUCCGUCUCCGCUCUGUCGGCCAUCAUGGGUGUAACCUUAACAGCCGCCAUCGGGGGCGCCGACAUGCCGGUGGUGAUCACCGUACUCAACAGUUACUCGGGCUGGGCUCUGUGCGCCGAGGGCUUCCUGCUCAACAACAACCUCCUGACCAUCGUGGGGGCGCUCAUCGGGUCUUCUGGCGCCAUCCUGUCCUACAUCAUGUGCGUGGCCAUGAACCGUUCUCUGGCUAACGUCAUCCUGGGAGGCUACGGCACGUCUUCCACCGGCACCGGCAAGCCCAUGGAGAUCACGGGAACACACACAGAGGUCAACGUGGAUCAGACGGUCGACAUGAUUAAAGAGGCCCAAAACAUCAUCAUCACUCCAGGGUACGGUCUGUGUGCCGCCAAGGCACAGUACCCCAUUGCUGAGUUGGUGAAGAAUCUUAAAGAGGCGGGCAAGAACGUCCGGUUUGGCAUCCAUCCCGUCGCCGGCCGUAUGCCAGGUCAGCUCAACGUGCUAUUGGCUGAGGCUGGCGUCCCUUACGAUAUCGUCUUGGAGAUGGAGGAAAUAAACGAGGACUUCCCUGAGACGGACCUGGUUCUGGUCAUCGGCGCCAACGACACGGUGAACUCGGCCGCCCAGGAGGACCCCAACUCCAUCAUCGCCGGCAUGCCCGUGCUGGAGGUCUGGAAGGCCAAGCAGGUGGUGGUGAUGAAGCGCUCCCUGGGGGUGGGCUAUGCCGCCGUGGACAACCCCAUCUUCUACAAACCCAACACGGCCAUGUUGCUGGGCGACGCCAAGAAGACGUGCGACGCCUUGCACGGCAAGGUUCGUGAGGUCCAGUAGCCCCACCGCCCCCAUCCCCCGGCCCCCGCCACACCCCCAAUUCAGAAAGGGAUCUCUGCCACAAUAAAAGACAGCCAUGAUGACACCACAACAUCUUACAAUAAUCAAAAAAACAAACGGCAGCGUGUACAUCAUGUUUGUGUGCUCGCUUCAUGAAGGAAGUUAUUAUUGUUAUUAUUAAUAUUAAUAACCUACAAGACAACAUAUGAUAGCAAAGUACAGUGCUGUAAUUGUAACCACAAAGAUUACAUAAGAUGACACUUUCUUACUUUCAUGAUGAUUCCGAGAACAUUUGACAGAUGUAGAAAUACAAACUAAUCAUUAGAUCAGGAGGUUGCCUACAGCCACAGCUGUGGAUGGAGGCGUUAAUUGGACCAUUUAGGGUAAUGAAGAUGUUAGAAAUGUAGAAUUGACACUAUUAUUAUUUUUAGAAUGUGUGCUAGAUAAUGAACUUUCAUAGAACUUAGAACCCUUUGUUGUUGUUUUUAUUCUCUGCCGUCAAUAAGCUGAGUGUAACAAAGCAAUACAGUCCAGUAGAGUCGAGCAUGUUUGUGUCGCUGCUUAGGAAGCGUAGGUAUAGCUGCUACAUGACAUGUUGCCUUCAUGGCCUACUCAAACCAACAAGUCCACAUCUACAAACCUUUUAAAAAAAACAACAACAAAGUACCAGGAAGUAAAACGUUUUCUCCACAUUUCCUGGCUAGCAUACAUUUUUUGGCCAUUCAGAAGCCAGAAGAAGCCACCUCAGCUUCACUUAAUCGGAUAGUGAAUGACAACAUAGGGGUGUUAUUUAUGUCUAGAGGGCUCUAAUAAUCCAAGUAUUGCAUUUAUUACUAAGAAUGUUACUUCACUUAUAACGCUGAGGUCAGGAAUGGGUGAUAAACGUGGUAUGUUUCAAUGCCACCAGGCAAAAUCUUCAUUUUUAUUGGCCAAAAAUAUCCCUGCUGACGUGGGCGUACCCCGAGCCGCCAGCCUCCAGCGCUGCCACGUCUAUUUCUACUCAUAAAAAGAUUGGAAAAACCCACCGGUGAUUUUUAUCCAGCUGUUUUUGUGUCUUAUCCUUUUUUCUUUGUUGUCUUUAGCUUGAUGAAGGAAUUGGAAGUAGAUGACGAUGAUAUUAUUCUUUAGCUUGUGGGGGAUCGAGCAAUCAAAGGGUACCUGCUGAUGUGUGCUGAUAUUCCACCUCAUCCUCUACCUCGCCGCAACAGCGAAUAAUAGCCUUCCUUUGUUGGGAAUCCAUGUGACCAAUCACUCCUCAUUUCCAUGCUUUUAUUUAGAAACUUGUGGCUUUUCUGUUGUGAUCACCUGACCUCGGUUUGUUACUGUCGGGUAAAAAGGAUGAAGGUUACGCACAAUUUGAAUAUUUGGAGAAUUGGGCUGUGUGUGCAUUAUAACGCCCCCCCCCCCCUCCCCCCAGGAAAGUAUUUUUGUAAAAGCGACACCACGGCGUUAUUCGUAGCGUUACGUUACGUAGCGUGCACCACCUGGUCAUGCAAUGCACAUGAUGGGGGGGGGGGUGGAAAGCUAUGGAAAUGUGAAUGUUCUUUUCCACUUGUUGAUCAUGCAUCCCCCCCCCCACCCCCACCCCUCAAUAGAAGAAUAAACUUGGAUUUAC